AAUAUCAUAUUUGACAGAAGAGCCAAAAAUGAAUUAUUGGAGAUACACUACAUUUCUUUUAAAAGUUAUUUCUAUUUAAUUAUUUAUUGUAUUUAUAAAGUACGCUGCAUUGUGGCUACUAAUAUUAUAUUUAAUAAAAUUAGCCGGAUAUUAAGUUAAUAGAUAUACGGAAAAAUACAUGAUGUUGCUAAACGGCAACAUGCCUAUUAGAUUCAAGCCAUUAGAGUUUAGUUGUUUCAAUUGGUUGUACAGUGUCGCACCAUGUUUUCCCGUAAAUGCAAGCAAAAUUAAUAUAAUCAAUGAUCCUAAAAAGUUUUACGACACAUUGUGUGACAGAUUUCGGAAUGCAAACCGACGGAUAUCAGUCGCAAGUCUCUACUUAGGAACUGGAACUAUGGAAAAAAAGCUCUUGGACAUUACCAAAAAGAACUUAAAAGAUAACAAAUGUUUAAAUUUUAAAGUUCUGUUAGAUUACCAGCGAGGUACGCGAGGGGAAGUGAACUCAGUGACUCUGUUAAAAGACUUUUUUACCAGUGAUAGUAACCAGUGUUCAGUCAGUUUGUAUCAGACACCUAGAUUGCAUGGUUCGUGGUCCAAGGCAUUGCCGUCUCGGUAUAACGAGUUGGUGGGACUGCAGCAUAUGAAGCUGUACAUUGCAGAUGACUCUGUGUUGUUGAGUGGUGCCAAUUAUUCCAAUGACUACUUCCAACAGAGACAAGACCGCUACAUAGAGAUUGAGGAUGCAGAACUAGCAAAUUUUUACAGUGAACUCAUAGAUGAGGUGAGCAAGUUUAGCAAAGAAUCAUCGAAGGAUGGUAUUAGAGAAAGGAAGUAUGCCUCAAAGGAGUUGUUCAUACAAGAUAUGAGGAAGAGUAUUAAUGCUUUUGUGGCAAGAUGGCAGGAGCAACAGACAAACAGGCUUAUAUCUUUCGACAAUAGUAGUGAUGAUACAAAAGAUACCUGGAUAUUUCCUCUAGUACAAAUGGGAGAGUUUGGCAUCACUCAAGAUGAACAGGUCACCAAAAAGUUUCUAGCAACUGUACCAGAAGGUUCUAUCAUCAGACUGGCUACUGGAUAUUUCAACCUUACGAAUGAAUAUGCCAAAACUUUAUUGAACUACUGUAAAGCCAACAUUAGCUUGUUAAUGGCUCAUCCAAAUGCCAAUGGAUUUUUGGGUGCUGCUGGUCCAGCUGGCGGAAUUCCACAUGCCUAUUCAUUAAUUGCUAGGAAGUUUUGGCAAAAAGUUUUGGAUUCUAAACAGAUGAACAGAGUGGAGAUGUUGGAAUAUGAGAGACCUGGAUGGACAUUCCAUGCAAAAGGGUUAUGGUAUUACCCACCAGGGUGUGGAGUGCCAUGGGCUACUAUAGUAGGUUCGGCAAACUUGGGUGAGCGGUCUGUCAGACGCGACCUUGAAGCACAGGCUGCCAUAUUCACCGUAUCACCAGAACUACAGCUGAAAUUACAUGAAGAAUCACAGCUGUUGCACAAAUAUGCUAGUGAGUGCAGUAGUCAACUACAGAACCGAGACACGCCUCUAUGGGUGCGGGCUACAGUUGGUCUGUUUAGAACAUACUUUUAAAUGUUACACGAAAUUGCGCCAUUUUUGUUGGUAUGCGAGGGCCAGAAAGCUUUUGUUAUGCUUUGUGACCAUAAGGCCGCGAACGCACAGGCAGGUGGCUUCCUUAGCGUCUAGUGUCACCUAGCGAGUAGCCCAGUAAAACGAACGUUCUAAAAUGAACGCGACCGGCUGCACUGCGCGCUUAGCGCCUAGCUAGUCGCUUGGCGUGCAUGCGCUAAGCGCGCGCGCUAGACACUAGGCGCUAAGCAAGCCACCUGCCUGUGCGUUCGCGGCCUAACUGUUAUAAUCUUAAGAUGUUAAAAGUAAAAAGCGUAUGCUUUUGUGAAGGAAAUUAAAAAUAAUACAAUGAGGUUGGUAGUUGUGAAGUUAGUCAAUUCUUUAAGUACCUAUUUUAAUGUAGAAAUUAAAAAUUAAUGAAAAGAUGAACAUGUAAACUGUUGAAACUGUAACAGGUACUUAAUUCAGCCGUCACAAGUAGGUACCCUAAAAGUUGUUUUGUUAAUAAUUUUAUAUUUGUAAUGUAAUAUUAUUUUAUUUAUUAUGUUUAUUUUAUAACUUUGGUAUUAUAGUGAAUUGUGCAGCUGCUAAUUAAUUACGUUUUCUUUAUGUAAAUCAGUAUUAAUUUCAAGCUGUGUGUUCAUUGAGCCAUUUGACAAAAUAGUUACCAAAGUGUAGUUUGUAAUGUUGUUAGACAGUUUAUAACAAUUUGUUGACUUUAUAACAUGUUACAUGAUGGAAGUUGUAA